UAUUCAAUGUGCAACAGCGGUGCGGAUGUGUUGAAAUGGGAUUUGGACGGAACUGUUCUCUCUAAGGACCAAAAACUGUUCUACGAAAAGAACGGCUACUUGGUUAUCCGAAAUUGUGUUCCCAGCUAUGAAUUGGAUCGCUAUAAACGAAGAUUCAAGGAAAUCUGUCAAGGCAAAGAUAUUCCAUUAAACAUGACUGUAAUGAAGGAUAUAGCCAUCGCCAAAUCAGAAUAUGUUGCCGGAGAAAAGGCCAUCACAAAAAUACAAGAUUUCCAAGAUGAACCCGUACUGUUCGAUUACUGCCGGUAUAGAGGAGUGGUUGAUGUUGUUAUGGACCUUAUUGGGACGAAAAAAUCGAAUCUAUUGGCGAUGCAUACAAUGCUUAUUAACAAACCACCUGAUAGUGGAAAGCUUACAUCUCGACAUCCAAUGCACCAGGAUCUACAUUACUUCCCAUUUCGACCUGCUGAUUUCGUUUGUUGUGCAUGGACAGCAAUGGAAUUGGUGAAUCGUGAUAACGGCUGUUUGGUGGUAGUGCCUGGAACUCACAAGGGCGCGUUGCUGCCGCACGAUUACCCGAAAUGGGAGGGUGGUGUUAACAAAGCUUACCAUGGUAUCCAGAACUACGAUCCCUCGACGCCACGACUGUAUGUCGAGAUGAACGCCGGCGAUACAGUAUUCUUUCACCCACUGCUCAUUCACGGAUCUGGCGCUAACAAAACAGAAGGAUUCCGAAAAGCGAUCUCGUGUCACUACGCGAACGACGAUCUCUGCAGGUAUAUCGACGUGAAAAAUUCUACGCAAGAGGUGUGGCAAGGGUAA